GCAUUCCAGGGAAUUUUUAAAAAUGCAAGAUGUUCCGACCAUUUGUGUUUUCCUGAUCCUGGGAGGAUUUUGGAGGAGCCUAGCACUAGUAAGCCUGCCAUGUGUGUCAGAGAAUGACGGUGACCUGUACGUUGUGGGGUUGUUUCAAGUUUGCACAGAACAAGACAAUGCUGACUCAUUUAUGUAUACCGUGUUCACAGCACUUGAGUCUGCACUGAACAACAUGUUGAACAAUUAUUCUGGAUUUAAACUGGGAUAUAAACUCUACAGCUCUUGUGGAGACUGCCUUGAUAAUUAUGAAUAUGACUGUUACUAUAACGAUAACUGUCCUCUAGACAAUUUGCCUGUAGUUCUCCAUUUUACACAAGAUGCUUUGGACUAUUUAACAGACUUUGGACCAGGAACCCUAAAGAUUGUGGUGAAUGGAAAUGGAUUGGUAUCCUUUUUGCCAAACUUAACUGAUUUUGGUAAAGUCCUUGGGUCAUUCUUUGCAGAAAAACGCUGGACCCUUGUGGGAACAAUUUAUGAUGCGUGCAAUGAGUACAUAGAGUUUGAAAAUCAGAACAGCUCAGAUUAUUGCAAUGACUGGAAGAUGGUUGUCUCUGACUUUAAUGUAAAGAUAAAUGAAAUAAAAAAUAAUAUCUUUGGACAUACAAAUAAUGUCACAGUGUUCUUUGGUACUUUAAAGCAAUUUAAAGAGCUAAUUACAAGUGUGACUUGA